AUGGAUCUUGAAAAGUUUGCGAAUGAAAAGUUCAAUGGAGAUGACUAUGUUAAGCAUCUUGUCAAGGAAAUGGUCGCAGGAUCUGAACUAAGUGAGUUUAGGAAGCAAUUAACGACUGAAAAGGAAGGUGUCUCAAAUUUAUUGAAGAAAAAGGUUUUUGAGAACUACUCACAGUUUAUCGAGACAGCUAGAGAGAUAUCACAUCUUGAGUCAGAGAUGUAUCAGUUAUCACAUCUACUAGUGGACCAACGUAACUUGAUUGAACAGAUUAAGGAAGAGAGUCUCCUUGAUGAUCAAAAAAAUAUAAUUGGAGAUAAUACAGAAAGUAAUGAUAAUGAUCAAGAUCAGAACAAAAAGGCACUGUCAAUAAUUAAGGAUGCAUUAAUUGGAUAUAAUAAAAGCCUGGAUGAAAAAGUAUUUCUUCAUGAAGGCUCAUUAAUCGAACUGGACCCGAAUGAUUAUCGUCCAAUUUGUCGAUCACACUUGUUCCUGUUUAAUGACAUAUUAAUUAUAGCAAAGAUUAAACAUGACAAGAAGUUAGAGUUUACGAAUGAGUAUGAAACGAAGAAAAUUGCAGUUGUGAAUAUUAGAGAAUUGACAGGCGUUAAGAAUGCCAUUAAUAUCAUUACUAAUGAUGGAAAUCGUAUUUAUCAAACGAUUAAUGCUGCUGCACGAACUGAAUGGAUAGAAAAGUUUGAAGCUACACUAAAAUUCAAUCAAUCCACAUCAUCGGUUCCUGCUAAAUCUAAGAAAGGCCCAGCACCACAACCACCAAAAGUUCUUCAAAAGCAAAGAUCAUCGGUUGAAACACAGUCAAUUUGCAGUGACAUGACAUUAAGUCCAACAGCUUCGAUUGCCACAGAAAAUCUCGCACCAGAAUGGCUAAUAUCGGCACCAGAAGAGAUUCAAGCUGAAAUUGCACAAAGGCAUUUUGAGGAUUCGCUUCAUUUAAUUCAGAAAUGUGACGAUUAUAUCCAAAAGAAUCCAUCAUUUUAUAAUAUUAACGAGAUCCAGGAAAAGAUUAAAAAUUUGAAAACUAUUCUCUCGUCAGUUCUCUUGCAUGAAUUAUCUAUAGCUGAGUGCCGUGAUCUACAAUCAGUUUUGAGAUCUUCUCGUCGUCUUUUGAAAUUGUUGGUUGAAAUGGGUAAAAGUCGUGAAUCAUCAACUAUCUUCCUUAAAGUAUGUACAACGACAAUAAGAACAUCUCAAAGACAGGCAAGAAGAAACAAUCUUCCAGUAUCUGAAUUAUUUUUCUGUGACUUAGCCCAAGUCGCAAGUGAUUUUCUUCGAGCAUUCCAAAAACAAUCAGCAUGUACUGCAGCACUUACAGUCUGGUGCAAUGAUGAAUUGCAAUAUUUUUCUCAACAAUUAAUUAAACAUUAUUUAACAAAAGGAACAAAUUUAGAGACAGUUGCAAAAGUUGUUGUAAGUGUAAGAGAGCCAUGCUUAGAGUUGACUAAAAUUGGUCUCGAUUUAUCAUCUCACAUGGAAGGAUUAUGGCGAGUGACAUUAGAGCAAUUAAUUGAUGAAUCAAGGCAUCGUUUGAUCGAGAAUAUUGGACGAACGGAAGAAAUUUGGCAACCUUACAAUCUUAUUUCUAAAAGUAAUUUAAGGGUUUUAGUAAAAGAACUAAAUGCAAUGGGAAUCGAUAUGAAUGAGCACGUUACAGGCGAUACAUUCAUCAAUUUGACACAAUCAACUGUUAACUUCUGUAGACAUUUCCUUAGUGUCACCGAAAGUUGUGCAAUAAUUGGAAGGAAUAGUGUUUUAAAGCCUGACUGUGAAAAAUUGUUGAGAGAUCUGUUCGUGACACAGCAUAAUAUCAAGCCUUCAUUGACUCAGCAGAAUGUUGAUCUAAAUUUUGUAGCCAAGAAUAAGGCAUACACGGUAGACGUUCUUUUAGAAAAAGCUAUAAGCAAUUUUGAAGAAAAGAGUGAACAUAAAUGCAUCUUAUUGACUGAAUUAAAAAAUCAAUUAAAGGCACCAAAACCUAAACCGAGAAAUGUCUACAAUGUAAAUGUUUAA